UUCCUCUCUUCUUCCCUCUUUCGUUGCUCUGAGAGCGCCCCGUGGAUUCCACCGCCUCCUCUGCCGUUAGUACCCAGUGGUUACGCUACUGACCCCGGCGGGGGCGCGGGGAGGGUCGAGUGCCAUCGUCAUGGCGACGGAAGAGCUGUUUCUCCCUCCCAGGAUCACGUGGUAGUCCAAGGCGCUGGUGUUCAGGAUCCCUGGAGAGAGAAGGGAAUGCUGGUUGAUCACGAAAAGAGGGGGCUUGGACGGCAGCCGGGUUUAAGCAAGGGAUAGGGAGAGGCCAAAGGCAGUAGUAGACGGGCCUGGAGGAGUGGGGCUAGAGGUGAUGUGGAUGGCUUAUGAAUUCUGGGCGUGAUGGUGGAGAAAGAUGUUUUGGGCCCUGCCCCUAAACCAGGAGCCACCAUGUUGGUGAUACCCCCCGGACUGAGCGAGGAGGAGGAGGCUCUGCAGAAGAAAUUCAACAAACUCAAGAAAAAGAAAAAGGCAUUGCUGGCUCUGAAAAAACAAAGCAGCAGCAGCACAGCUACCCAAGGCGGUGUCAAACGCUCACUGUCGGAGCAGCCUGUGGUGGACACAGCCACAGCAACAGAGCAGGCAAAACAGCUGGUGAAGUCAGGAGCCAUCAGUGCCAUCAAGGCUGAGACCAAGAACUCUGGCUUCAAACGUUCUCGAACCUUAGAGGGGAAGUUAAAGGACCCUGAGAAGGGCCCAGUCCCUACUUUUCAGCCAUUCCAGAGGAGCAUAUCUGCCGAUGAUGAUCUGCAAGAGUCAUCCCGACGUCCCCAGAGGAAAUCUCUGUAUGAGAGUUUUGUGUCUUCCAGUGACCGGCUUCGGGAACUGGGGCCUGAUGGGGAAGAAGCAGAGGGCCUAGGGGCUGGGGAUGGCCCCCCACGAAGCUUCGACUGGGGCUAUGAAGAACAUGGCAGCACCCGCUCUUCAGCUUCCCCUCCCCGAAGCCACAGCCGGGACCGCAGUCAUGAGCGGAACCGGGACCGAGACAGAGAGCGGGAGCGGGAUCGAGAGCAGGAGCGGGAUCGAGACCGAGAGAGGGACCGAGACCGAGAGCGGGACAGGGACAGGGAGCGAGACCGAGAGGGCCCUUUCCGCAGGUCGGACUCAUUCCCUGAACGCCGGGCCCCUCGAAAGGGGAAUACUCUCUAUGUGUAUGGAGAAGACAUGACACCCACCCUCCUCCGUGGGGCCUUCUCCCCCUUUGGAAACAUCAUUGACCUCUCCAUGGACCCCCCCAGAAACUGUGCCUUUGUCACCUAUGAAAAGAUGGAGUCAGCAGAUCAGGCCAUAGCUGAGCUCAAUGGAACCCAGGUGGAAUCUGUACAGCUCAAAGUCAGCAUUGCCCGCAAACAACCCAUGUUGGAUGCCGCCACUGGCAAGUCUGUCUGGGGCUCCCUCGCUGUCCAGAAUAGCCCUAAGGGUUGCCACCGGGACAAGAGGACCCAGAUUGUCUACAGUGACGAUGUCUACAAGGAAAAUCUUGUGGAUGGCUUCUAGGGAGCGGAGCUGGAGUCCUUGUGCCUCAUGUGUCCCCAUUGCUGGUCUCAGUAAAACACUGAGGUGGAAGCUCACA